CGAUCUUUCGGCUUUAUAACUGAUGAGAAAAUUGUAAUUUUUGAAGUGUCAUUGUGAUAUUCGAAUUUCCAGUUAAGAAUAAUUAAGAGUAUUUGUUACUAUCAUUUGAACAACAGAAAGUACUGCAAAAUGACUGCAGAAGUAAACAGUUAUUAUCCAGACUAUGCAACGGAAACCCCAAAACAGUUUCAAUUUAGUCCCUACGCUGAUAACGGAGGGAGCGUGGUAGCUAUUGCUGGGGAUGAUUUCGUCAUCAUAGGUGCAGAUUCUCGUCUAAGUACUGGUUUUGCAAUUUAUACCCGAGAUCAGAAUAAAUUGUUUUCAUUAUCCAAGUCCACCGUUCUUGGUUGUUCAGGUUGUUGGUGCGACGCCCUAACUCUCACUCGUAUAUUAAGUGCAAGAAUGCAAAUGUACGAACAAGAACAUAACAAAGUUAUGGCAACACCAGCAGUGGCACAGAUGUUAUCAACCAUGCUGUAUUAUAAAAGAUUUUUUCCGUAUUAUGUGUCUAAUAUCUUAGCAGGACUGGAUACUGAUGGGAAAGGGUGUGUCUACAGUUAUGACCCUAUUGGUCAUUGUGAAAAAGCCACAUACAAAGCUGGAGGAUCUGCUGGAGCUUUACUUCAGCCGCUUUUGGAUAAUCAAAUUGGUCUUAAAAAUAUGCAGAAUGUUACACCAGCACCUCUAACAUUAGAAAAAGCUUUGGCUUUGCUAAAGGAUGUGUUCAUUUCUGCCGCAGAAAGAGACAUCUACACUGGUGAUAAAGUCAACAUUAACAUCAUUACUAAGGAUGGAAUUAAAGAAGACACUUUUGAAUUAAGAAAAGAUUAAUCAGUCAGUAAGUGUUUUAUAUUCCUUUUUAAAUGGUUUAUCAUUAAAUUAAAUAUAUACCCAUGUAAAAUAUU